UCAAGGCAACGGGGCUGGGCAGUCGAAGUUGGGACAAUUUACGGAGGUUUCUGUUGCUGGAUACUCGACGACAAUAAGGAUAUGUAUACAGCUAAUAUGUACAGAAACCUAUUUUUGUGUCCUUAAGCGGAGUAAGGAGGCUAUAUAUGUCAACUAAUUUUUCUACUUAUUUCGCUAGAAAUUUGUAGCUUAACUAAAAAAAUACCCUCCCUUUUCGAACUGAGGAUGAUUUUUGCUAAUACUGGAAACCCACUAAGGACUCCGUAUCGCAAACAGCCACCUGUUGCCCCAUCAUCACACCCCAUGGCUCCACCGAGCCCGAGCACCAACAGCAGCACCAACAACAGCAGCAGCAGUAGCACUGCAGGCUGGGACCAGCUCAGCAAAACAAACCUCUAUAUCCGAGGCCUGUCCCCUUCAACCACAGACCAUGACCUGGUCAAGCUCUGUCAGCCGUAUGGCAAAAUUGUGUCAACAAAGGCGAUCCUGGACAAGACUACAAACAAAUGUAAAGGAUAUGGCUUUGUGGACUUUGACAGCCCUGCUGCAGCUCAGAAAGCUGUCGCUGCCCUGAAGACUACUGGUGUCCAAGCUCAGAUGGCAAAGCAACAAGAACAAGACCCUACAAACUUGUAUAUCUCCAACUUGCCUUUGUCUAUGGAUGAGCAGGAGCUAGAGAAUAUGUUAAAGCACUACGGCCAGGUCAUAUCCACACGCAUCCUGAGAGACUCCAGUGGAACCAGCAGAGGAGUGGGCUUUGCCAGAAUGGAGUCAACUGAAAAAUGUGAUGCUGUCAUUUCUCACUUCAAUGGCAAGUUUAUCAAGACACCUGCAGGUGUUCCAGUACCCCCCGAACCCUUGCUGUGCAAGUUUGCUGAUGGAGGGCAAAAAAAGAGACAAAAUCAGAAUAAAUUUGCCCAGAAUGGUCGGGGUUGGGCAAGGGAUGGUGAUUCGAGACUGGCUGGAAUGACACUCACAUAUGACCCCAGUGCAGCUGCUAUGCAGAAUGGAUUUUUCCCACCAGCAUACAGUAUUUCAAACAGGAUGAUUGCUCAAACGUCCAUGUCUCCUUACAUGUCUCCAGUUUCUACAUACCAGGUGCAGAACCCAUCCUGGGUGCCUCAUCAACAGUACAUCAUGCAGCACCCAGGAACAGUGAUAUCGCCCUCUAUGGACCCAUCUUUGUCACUGCAGCCUACUUCUAUGAUGGCCCCCCUUUCACAGCAGAUGAGUCACCUCUCUCUGGGCAGUGCAGGAACGUUUAUGGCUGCCAACACAGCUAUGCAAGGAGCAUAUAUCCCACAGUAUGCACACAUGCAGACAACUACUGUUCCUGUGGAGGAAAAUGGUGCACACUCACAAGUGGACUCAUCCAGAAAUCAUUCCCCAUAUCCAUACCAACAAACCAAGUAGUGCUGAGGUCGGGUUAGCAGGUCCAGCCCGCCCUUCCAGACCAAAUGCCACGCUCAGGAGCUGGCCACAUACAGCUGUUUCCUUUCAGGUUGUUUUGAAUACUUUUUGAUUUUCUCAUCAGACCUAUUUUUUUAUGAUGUAUUAUUGUAAUCAUUGGGAGGGGGCAGCACGUUUCUACUCAUGUGUAUGCAUUCAGUUUUUAUAGUUUCGAAAAAACUGCUGCUUUUAUGACAAUAGAUUCCAGAGGCGGAUCUAAGAUCUUUAAGACCAACAAUAACAAUGAAGCUUCGUGGUGUUUACUGGAUCUCUGCUCCUUUAAACAAGCAUGUUUGUUGCUUUGUCUUGGGUCUAGAAACUCGCAGCAGCAUUUCCUCUGUAGUUAACUAGGAUGUGCAACAAAUGUAGGGCCGCUAUACUUGAGAUUUCUGUGUAAUGCCUGAGACUGAGAAGUAAUACUGUCUUGUGAGGUUUAUGCUGCUAAUGGUGUCUGAACCAAGUGCCAUAGUAUCUGGAUCAAGAGUUGCAGAGGUGCAUCAAAGAAAAUUGCUCAUAUAGGUCACCAUCAUGUUGAAAAGUCACUAAGUUAUAUGAAAAAGUUCUAAUUUAUGAAAAUUUUUGUACAGACAGCUUAAGGAAAGAAAGAGAUUUUCAUAGUGCUAGAUGAAAGUUUAUUGUUUUUUUUGUUUUUUUUUUUUUACUUGUGCUACAAAUGCCAGUGGUAACUUGUAUGUACAGUUUAAGAAACCUUCCUCUGUAUUUUUGUUUUGUAGUGUUUGUUAAAGCCAAAGACUUCUGCUUUUUUUAGUAGCUUGUUGCCUAAGGUUUAUUCUGUUCAUUUCUUUGACAUUUUUUGAAUAAAAAAAAUAAAAAUGUUCACCUUUUAAUCUGCUGUAAAUCUAGUGUUUAUUUACAAGAGCUGCUGUUCUUCAUGGUGAACCCUGAGUAAACCGGUUCCUGUUUUAAUUGAGUAUAGCCAUUUGGCAACCUUGCAUUGUCUAAUGAUGAAAUUAUGUAAAUACAUCUUUUGUAUAGCUUGCCAGUAAAUUGUUUUUAAAUAGUUGAACAAUAAUUUUUAAUAUGUCUGUUAUGGGAGCUUGGCUGCAGCUUCAGAGGGCUGAAA